UGCCGACUGGGGAGUAAGCUCCGGGCGGUAGCUCUCCUUGGAAAUGGCGGCUUUACCCGUGUUCUGCGUUACCAGACGAGGACUCACGUGGAUAGCUUCAGGGGCGCCACGCCGAGAGUUUUGGUCUCGAUUCAGGAAAGAGAAAGAGCCAGUGGUGGCUGAGGCAGUAGAAGAGGUGAAGAAAGACCCUAUCUUGGUGUGUCCACCCUUACGAAGCCGAACAUACGUACCACCUGAUGAUCUCCAGAGUCGUCUGGAAUCUCGCGUCAAAGAAGUUUUUGGUCCAUCUGUUCCUAGGAGUUGGCAGGACAUCUCCCUGGAAGAUGGUCAUCUGAAGUUUAGUCUCUUGGCACAUCUAGCUGAUGAAUUGGGUCAUGCAGUGCCUAGCUCAAGGCUUCAUCAGAUGUGCAGAGUCAGAGAUGUUCUUGAUUUCUACAGUGUUCCUGUUCAGGACAGAUCGAAAUUUGAUGAACUUAUGGCCAAUAAUCUGCCUCCCAAUUUGAAAAUCACUUGGGGUUACUGAGCAAUUCAGAGGAGGAACACAUUGAAGUCUUUCCCUGUCCCCCCUCAAGCAGGAUGGAGUUAUCAGACCUUUUGAUAUUUUACCAUGUGAAAUACUACUAGGUUAUCUCUAAACCCACCUUUUCUAUGGAAGGAUGCAUCAUCUGUUUUUUUCUUAUAUCAUCAUGAAUUGACAAAUAACAGGAAUUUUUUUUUUCACCUUUGGUGAAAUCUUUUUUUUUUUAAUUUAAUAUAAUCAGGUCAUUAAUAAUUUAUGAAAUUCUUCUCUAGAGGACACUACAGUUAACUUGGGUGUAAGACAGGAGGCCAUUACAAGUUCAGAUACGGACUUUACCCUUUAUAGGCAUGAAAUAGUAGUUGCAAGAAAAUGUUUUAAUCAUGUUAGGACUCUUAAAACUAAGGAACAGGUUAGAUACUUAUAAAAGACAUAAAAGGCUCUAUUGCUUAUUACAUGAAGUUGUUUCUAUUACUGUUUACAAGUAGAAAUAGUGAUACUGUGCAUUCUGUAUUCAUUUCUCUUAGAAUUAAAGAGAUUUCUUGAAGUGUGUGGUAUGUUGUAAAUUUUUUUUUAUGGUGAAAGUUGGCAGAACGUCUCCCUAGAAAAUGAUCAUCUGAGGUUUAGUCUCUUGGCACAUCUAAUAGAUAACUUGGGCCAUGUAUUGCCUAACUUGAGGCUUUAUCAGAUGUGCAGAGUCAGAAGUGUUGACUUCCACAAUGUCCACGUUCAGCAUAGGGAUAAAUCUGAUGAGCUUAUUGCUAGCAAUAUGCCUCCCAAUUUGAAAAUCACUUGGGGCAACAGAACAGUUUAGAAGAGGAACACAUUGAAAUCUUCCCCAUUCCCUGAGCAAAGUAAUACUUCAAAUAAGUAUUAUAACUUUGGAAAAAUUGGAAUGUAUGCCAACUAGUAAGUGCUGUGACUUAUUUUUUUCUAAUAGUAGACAUAUCAGAUUUUUAUAUUUCUAAAUGAAUAUUCCUCCCUUCAAAGGAGAUAAUGCUUAUUUCAAACCCUGUAUCAAUUCUGUAAUUCUUAAAAGAGUGGCCUUAGUACCAGUGACACAUAUGAGUAGCCAGUAGGGUGGUAGUUCUUGGUACAUUAGCGUACCUAAUUUGUGGAAAUUAUUCAAGUAGUGAGUUAACCAGGUGGUUCUGAAUGACAAAAUUAGUGAUUAAAUUAGGCAUUGUUUUUGGUCAAACUAAAUGAGAUGGGGAAAGAAUUUCUUAAAUUGUUUGAUCUUGGCUCCACUAAUAAUUCUGAUAGAAAAGUUUUAAACAAAAGAAAAGGCGUUUAUUCUCUUUCCCAAGGUGACUCCUGAAGAGGGCAAAAUCCAAUUGGAUAUGUAAGUUCUAGCAUAUCUAUUAGAAAAAUUAAUUACAGUAUAGUCAUGGCUUGUAAGUAUCCUCAGCAUACAAUCAGAUUUUCAGUUAAACUGCCUUUAAGAACCUCAUAAAUGUCUUGAGUGUCAGUAUUUGGAGCCCUGGAGCUGUCAUAAUUAUGCCCCUUCUGCUUCUACUACACAGAAAAGGCAUACAGCAUGGAAAUGUUUGAAUUAUACAUACAAGAUUUGGUUAUCCAUGCAACUUUUAAUUCUGAUCUGGAGACAGAAAAACCUGCAAAGGAUGAGAUGAAAGUAAGGGAUGGGGAGGUCAGUGUGGAAGAAGGCUUGGUUACAGCUGGAGAAGUGACUGCAAAAACCAGGCUUCAUUAAGUGUUCAGGCAGGAGAAAAUAACUUCUUUGUAAUCUAGAGCAUCCUAGAGCACUGUUUCUCAAAAUUUAGAGUGCGUGUGAGUCACUUGGGGGUCUUUUUAAAAUGCAGAUACGAAUUCAGUAGAUGUGGAGUGAAUCCUGGUCUAAUGCAUUUCUAAUACACUCUCAGGUGGUGUUUGAGGUGAGAGACAGAUAUCACCACUUAAAGCAUCAGUUUUGGUAAACGUAGCAAGGAAGGUUAACUGUGUUUCCAUCAGUAACUCUAGAGGGCGUCACUGGUUUAUAGUUGAGUACACUGAACGACCUUUAGUUUCCCUGAACAGAUCGAAUUUGGUUUGCUAAUUUGUUUAUUGAGGUAUUGAGGUAAGCAAACAUAAGUGAUUUAAGAAUGCUUACUUUCAAAAAUAAAUGAAUGAUUACUAUAUAACUGGUAUCAGCUGAUUUUAUUUAGUUGGAUCUCCUAUAAGGUCAGUAGGUAUGCCGAGUUGUAUAAAAUCUCCCAUUAAAAUAGAGGUGUAGGAUCAAUAGGAAUGGUCUUACAUAAACAAUAAGUUUCAAGAAGUAUAAAACAGAUUUUGCUCUUUUACUCCCUUAUAUUUUAACAUAUUUUUUCUAAUUAUAAAAAGCAAUACACAUUCUUUUUAGAAAAUUGGGACAGGUAAAAAAAAAAAAAAAGAAUCUAUCCUGCCACUCAGAUAA